CGCUCUAUGGUGGCCGCUGCCCUUCUCCUCUCGGAGGGGCGGGGCGGGGCAGGAGUCCCUCUGCUGUCCGGAGACCCCGCGAGGAUGUGGGGCUGUCAGCUGAGGCAGGCACUCUGCAGCGUCCACCAUCAACUGAAGAAAAGUUUCGGGAUUCUUCCAGCUUCGACCCAUUGGCAUCACACGGUUCCCACCUCGCCCAGCUGUGCCUGGCAGUUAAAUGAUGGUCAUCUAGAGCUGAAAUACAGGGACACUCUGAUGCGCUUCGAUUACUUUUGGCUGCGUGACCACUGCCGCUCGCCGUCUUGCUACAACACCAAGACCAACCAACGCAGUCUGGAUACGGCCAGUGUGGAUCUCACGAUCAAGCCCCAGGCGGUACGAGUCGAUGAGACCACGCUCUUUCUCACCUGUGAGUUUCUGGAGUUUUGUGUCUCCAAAGCAAAAGUAAAGCUGUUGGAACAUUCAAAUGUGCUUGGAGAUUUUGUUCAAGAUGAAAGUGGAGGGGGAGAAAAAUACUCUAGUCGGAUUAGUUUGAUCAGAGAAACUAUUUAUGGCAGGAUGUGGUAUUUCACCUCUGACUUCUCCCGUGGAGAUACUGCAUACACCAAACUGGCUUUGGACCGUCAUACAGAUACCACUUACUUUCAGGAACCUUGUGGCAUCCAGGUAUUCCAUUGCCUCCGGCAUGAAGGCACGGGGGGGCGGACGCUUCUGGUGGACGGUUUCUAUGCCGCGGAACAAGUGCUCCAGCGAGCACCAGAGGAUUUCGACCUUCUGACGAAGGUGCCAUUGAGGCACGAAUACAUCGAGAACAUGGGAAGCUGCCGCAACCAUAUGAUUGGGGUUGGGCCUGUCUUGAAUAUCUACCCCUGGAACAAGGAGCUCUACCUGAUCAGGUACAAUAAUUACGACCGAGCUGUCAUUAACACAGUGCCUCAUGAAACUGUGCACCGUUGGUACAUCGCACACCGCACACUCACCACUGAGUUGCGGAGACCCGAGAACGAGCUCUGGGUCAAACUGAAACCAGGCAAAGCCCUCUUCGUGGACAAUUGGCGAGUGCUGCACGGCCGAGAAUCUUUCACAGGAUAUCGCCAGCUCUGCGGUUGCUACCUCACGAGAGAUGAUGUGCUAAACACAGCCCGUUUCCUUGGCCUUCAAGCCUAGGCUGGCUUGUACCUCCGAUGGUCGGGAGCUGCUGAUUCAGGAAUGGAGAGAAAAAAGUGUUUACCUCACACCUCACAGGAGGUGUUUGCCUCCUGUCCCAAGAGAGAGGAGAGGUCCUCUCAGCAUCACUUGAGGUCCAGCCAAUGUUGUCUACUGCCUUUUCUUCACUCUCCCCGUUCUAAGCUCCCUGAUUGGUUCUCCUUGGUUUCCAUUGCCCAUUGGCUCAACUCAGGUCAGAUGGACUUGACAGCCAUGUAAGAGACCUGCUCUGACCUCCAAGGUGCUACCUCUGGUGCCUUUUGCUAUUGAAAGCAGCCCUGUCCUCUUGAGGAGACCUCCCACAUAGAAAACCAUCAAAGUUAUACUGGACGUACAUUCUUGAAAACUGGUAGAGUCUCAAGGAAAGUUAAGCUAGUUCAUUGGCAAGACCUGUUGUCUUUCCAGCCUUUUGAGACUUCCCAGGUAGACCGGUACCCAAUGCUUGAAGGUUCUUCUUCUCCAUGUCUCUUCUCUUUCCUGCCUGCUGGUGAUGUAGCCAUGUGAUGGGACAGUUGCUUCAGAAAGCCUUAGAGCAGGAGGAAGGAAGAAAACACACAGAUCUGAGGAGGGGAGACAAUAUUAAGUCCCAAUUUCCACAGCACUGUAAAAAUAAUAAUGAUGAUAAUGAUAAAACUAUAGCACUGCAUUUCUUUCCAGCUUAACUCUGUUGUCCAUUCUUCAUCUUGGUCAUUGCUUCAACUUUCUCCAGAAUCUCUUUGCUGUCCAUUCUAUGCUGGGAAGAAGCACAAUCCCAUAAUUUCCUUGCUUUGUUUCUUUCCUUUGUUCUUUCCUUCAAAGGACUUUAUCGACAACAAGAGGCCAUACCUCUCAGAAGCUGGAAGCCGCCAACCUUUGUUCUGAACUAAAGCUCCAACCAUCAGAAAGAGAGAGAGAGAGAAAAGACACUUGUUUAUUCCUCUUAGCUAGCUAAGUGAAAAUAGUUGCAUGUUUUCGCUUUGACUGGCUUUCUUGGUUGCACCAGGCUCUUCCAGGCUCUUCAGAAGAAGAGCAAGUGGAGCCUUUAUCUGAAAUUGAGAUGAUUGGGUCAAAGAUCUAAGUGGAGGCAUUGCUUCCAAGAUCUGCUCUUAUCACCAGAUCCUUGAGUUCCUUGAUGAGGAACGAGGAAUUCUAGAUCGUCAUUCCUUCUAGAGAUGGGUGAUAAUCAUUGCUUGCACCCCUCACUCCCGUUCCUACUGCAUCUCUUGAGCAAGACCCAACAGGGAUGCUCAGAACCUCUCUAGGAAGCCAAGAUAUGCCACUCCAUGGAAGAACAAGAAGCAGCCGAAGCCAGCUUUUUGCCUUCAAACCAAAUAGUAAUAUCUUGCCUUCUUUGGGCUUGAAGUGACAUUUUCAUUAUUAAUAACAAAGGAUGGAACUCUUUGUCACAACUUGAGAUGCAAAUUCUGUGGUUGAGUUGGUUUUCCUGGGCCAAACUUCAAAACUAAUCAGUGCAUGAGUUUAGGAGUAGAAAGAGUGUCUUAGACCCUUUUAGAAGAAAUGUUUGUUCGUGGUUGUCAUUGGUUGAAUCCAUUGGCCCUCGUUGGAACAUUUCUGCUAAUUAAGGAAAGUCAACCCUCUUUCCUAUGUUCAAAGCUGAGCACUUGAUCCACUUCAAAAAACAAGAGCUAUUCUUUUUGUUCCUCCAAGAAUUAUAUUGAACAUACAAACCUGCUAAGUAAGAAACUCUAGAAAAUGAAUUUUGCAAGUUCUUAUAUACAUCAGGAAGUAGCUACCCUUUUCCUUAGACAGCAUUCUGUUCUUUGCAGCUUUCGAAUUAAAAUAGUGGGGAAACUGGCAAGAUUCCUCCAAAUCUAGAAGGAUACAGUUUGAACCUCGCUAAACUGCAGAAGUCAUAUUUUGAACUACAACAUUUCCAAUCUUAAAUAGGGGAGCAGGAGAGAGAAUGCUUCUCCAAGGAACCAGAGUCGUACAUGAACAUCAGCAAUUUAGGUCUAGUUGAACUUUCUCCCUGAGAUGCUCAUGUUCUUUAAGGAAUAUAUUUUAGGUUUGCUAGAUCAUGAAACAGGAUUUAUCUCAUGAGCUCCAAGCUGAUGUCUGAAGUCAUUUUGCCCAGCUAUAGUUUGCUAUACCUCGUUGAGUUGAUGUUCUUUGCAAGAACCAGAUCUGUACGCGUUUCUCUCCUUUCUUGCCUGUAGUUUUGGACUUUGUUUUAACUUGGUUGAUGUAGUAGCACUUUUUGCUCUUAACACUCCUAAGGACUUCUAGACAACUAGACUACUUCUAGUUCAGUUUUUAGCAGCAGAAGAUAUUUGGUACUCGAGGCCAUUCCUAACUUGAUUUUCUUAACACUGUAUGAGUUUCAUCACUACACAGAAAGACAUCAGAUGUAGAGGUGGCGCAAAUAUGAUCUUUGGAUCAAGACAACUUCUACAGCUGUCUGGUAUUUAUUAGCUACUAAGUUAUAUUUACUAACUUCUAAGAAAGUCUUUGCAAAAAAGUACGACUUGGGUUGUGUUCUCGGUACAUUUUGUAAGGACCGAUGUGGUUUUGUUAUAAGUCGCUGAGAUCUCUUCAUCCUGUCCCUCACAUGGCUGCUCAUUUGUCACAAGAUUGUUACGGUCACCGUUAGCCCUCAAACUUUGUAAUUGUUUGCUGUUGCUCUGCUUUUAAUUAAAAAAAAAAAAAUCAG